AGUCUCUCGCAAAGAUGCCGCCAAAGGCCGAUUGGGAGAAGUACAAGAAGCCCGACGAAGAUAGCAGCAAGGAUGAGGACAAGAUCGUUGCCCUCGACGAGGGCGACAUCCAGCUGCUGAAGACAUACGGCCAGGGCCCAUAUGCUACGGCUCUCAAAUCAAUUGAGAAUGAGAUCAAAGAGGUCCAGAAGAGGGUCAAUGACAAGAUGGGGGUCAAGGAGACGGACACGGGUCUCGCUGCGCCGAACCUGUGGGAUGUGCCAGCCGACGAAGGGCGAAUGAGGGAGGAGCAGCCGUUGCAGGUGGCCCGGUGUACCAAGAUCAUCAAGGCAUCUGACAAGAGCGAAGAGCAGGAGGGAGCCAACGGAGAUGCGCGGGAAGGAGGAGCUGGAGCUGGCGCCGGGGGCCAGGGACAGGGUGGCGAGGCUGGGUCACAGGCCGGCGGAGGUGGUCUCGCAGGCACAUUGGGUGGUCUUGGUGGUCUCGGAGGGCUGGGUGGCGGACCUCCAACGGCUGAAGAGGAGGACAAAUACGUCAUCAACAUCAAGCAGAUCGCCAAGUUUGUUGUCGGUCUAGGCGAGAGGGUAGCUCCGACAGACAUUGAAGAAGGCAUGCGCGUUGGCGUCGAUCGACAAAAGUAUCAGAUUCAAAUUCCUCUUCCGCCGAAGAUCGAUCCGAGUGUCACGAUGAUGCAGGUCGAGGAGAAGCCCGACGUGACGUACGGAGACGUGGGAGGUUGCAAGGAGCAGAUCGAGAAGCUCCGCGAGGUCGUCGAGACGCCUUUGCUUGCGCCCGAGAAAUUCGUCAACCUCGGCAUUGACCCGCCAAAGGGUGUUCUUCUUUACGGACCUCCAGGGACGGGAAAGACGCUGUGUGCCCGAGCCGUGGCCAACCGAACAGAUGCCACUUUUAUUCGAGUCAUCGGCUCCGAGCUGGUGCAAAAGUAUGUGGGUGAGGGCGCCAGGAUGGUCAGAGAGCUCUUCGAAAUGGCGCGGACAAAGAAGGCGUGCAUCAUCUUCUUCGAUGAGGUCGACGCCAUUGGAGGUGCUCGGUUCGAUGAUGGAGCAGGAGGCGACAAUGAGGUGCAACGAACGAUGCUUGAGCUCAUCAACCAGCUCGACGGUUUCGACCCUCGAGGCAACAUCAAGGUUCUUAUGGCCACCAAUCGACCCGAUACAUUGGAUCCUGCCCUGCUCCGACCUGGUCGUCUUGACCGGCGCGUGGAGUUCGGCCUGCCGGACAACGAAGGACGGGCGCACAUCUUGCGCAUUCACGCCCGUUCAAUGAGCGUCGAAAAGGAUAUUCGCUUUGACCUCAUCGCGCGCCUCUGUCCCAACACGACCGGUGCAGAGCUUCGAAGUGUGGCCACAGAGGCUGGCAUGUUUGCGAUCCGAGCUAGGCGCAAGAUGGCAACGGAAAAGGACUUUCUUGAUGCCGUCGAAAAGGUCGUCAGAGCUGGACAGAAGUUCAGCUCGACUGGCUUGUACAGCAACUAUAACUAGAGGUCAUAUGUUGCUAGUCUUGCUGCUUCGAGCAAAAGAAAUACACACAGUCUUACUUCCAUUUCGACUGAAUGCUUUUGACAAUCACAUUUCCUCCAU